GAUUUGAUUCUUGAUUUUGUGACUCUCGAGUCAAUUGCGCUUGCCUAUUUGAAAUGGCUCUUCACCUCCUCGUCUUGUCUUCUUCUGUCUCAAUCGUUCACUCUCUACGAUUCCGCCUUGCAAUCGCUCACUACCAAAGGAUACUUGGACGCGACUUACACGACAUAAACACUUCAUUGUGAUACUCGCCACAUACGACACUUGACAUGUCAGCCGCUGUCCUUCACAGCUCAAUCAUGCAACACUCUACACUAGUGUCGAAAACCGGCCUCCUCGAUCUACCCGUCGAGCUUCUCGACCAGAUCAUCUUCUACUGCGUCGGCACGCAGCCAAUGACCAUCUGCCUGGCUCCUACAUCUACAUCUUUGACGCGCAGUCUGUUCCCGUUCGUCUCUCGCCGAAAGCGCUACACUGUCACCAACUACCCAUACGCUCUUCUCUUGACCAACCGUCUGAUCUCCAAUCUCGCCUUCAAACAUAUCUGGAGCCACAAAUCGCUCGUCAUCAACUUGACCGCAGCAGAUGCACUAUGCUUCCUUCUCCACGGUCUGAGUCUCCAACAAAGAGAUGCACUCCGCAGACUCCAAAUGCCUAGAUUCCUGCUCAGCUGGUCAUUCCCAGUCAACGAGGACAUCUGGCUCAUCGCCGGCAAAGAGAAGACCGCGAGCUGGUACGAAGGCGCCAAAGAUCCGGAAAAGGAGGUCAAGGGAAAGAGGUUCCUGGCAUUGACUGGAAUGUUGGGUAAGAGGGCAGCUUGUGUUUGUCGGCCUUGGAAGAUGAACAUGGGGCUUAUUCAAGCAUGACAGCAAAUGUGCUUCCGACUCCUGCCCAGAUGGUCAUCUUGGAGCAGUUUUCCAUUGGUUGAGAAGAGCCUUGGAGGUUGUGUCAUGUCAUGGGUUUCAUGCAAGACCUAGACAUGCGGUUCUUCUGCCGCUUGAUCUCUUUGCUCUGAACGCUGGUCGUUUCUGAGCACCUAUGGCACAUCCGUCAGACACACUCUUUUGACGCGACC